CAUUAAUGAACUAUAUUACUUUUCUUAUGACAAGAUCGUACCAAUCGUAUGCGCAGUUGCAAAGACUUGUAGAAAUGGCGACUUGUCUGCUUAAAGUUAGCUCUGCAUUGCGGGCUUAUUCCAACAAAAAUAGCCUUGUAAAGAUACAAAAGCAAUGGAGAUCUACAUCAGCAUCAUUAAAAGAAAUAUUAAUGAAUCAGCCACCAACUCAAGUUACAACUUUAGAUUGUGGUAUGAGAGUUGCUACUGAAGAUAGUGGAGCACCAACAGCCACAGUUGGAUUGUGGAUUGAUGCUGGCAGUCGUUUUGAAACUGAUGAAAACAAUGGAGUUGCCCAUUUUAUGGAGCAUAUGGCAUUCAAAGGAACUACUAAACGUUCACAAACGGAUUUAGAGUUAGAAAUUGAAAAUAUGGGUGCUCAUUUAAAUGCAUAUACAAGUAGGGAACAAACAGUAUUUUAUGCUAAAUGUUUAGCAGAAGAUGUUCCAAAAGCUGUUGAAAUUUUAAGUGACAUCAUUCAAAAUUCAAAACUUGGCGAAAAUGAAAUAGAAAGAGAACGUGGUGUUAUUUUAAGAGAAAUGCAGGAAGUUGAAACAAAUCUUCAAGAAGUUGUUUUUGAUCAUUUACAUGCUAGUGCUUAUCAAGGUACACCAUUAGGAAGAACAAUUCUUGGUCCUACUAAAAAUAUUAAAAGUAUAACAAGAAAUGAUCUUCUUAACUAUGUUAGGUCAUAUUAUGGUCCACCUAGAUUUAUUUUAGCUGGUGCAGGAGGUGUAAAUCAUAAUGCAUUAGUAGAAUUAGCUCAAAAACAUUUUGGCCAAAUGAAAGGACCAUUUUAUGAUGAAAUUCCUUCAAUAUUAGAACCAUGCCGUUAUACAGGAUCAGAAAUAAGAGUUCGUGAUGAUACUAUUCCCCUUGCACAUGUUGCCAUUGCUGUUGAAGGUGCAGGUUGGACUGAUCCAGAUAACAUUCCUCUUAUGGUUGCAAAUACUCUUAUGGGAGCAUGGGAUCGUAGUCAAGGAGGAGGUGUAAACAAUAUAAGUUAUUUGGCUGAAGCUUCUGCAAGUGAUGGAUUAUGUCACAGUUAUCAAAGUUUCAAUACUUGUUAUCAAGAUACAGGUCUUUGGGGUAUAUAUUUUGUAUGUGAUCCUAUGGAAAUUCAGGAUUUUGUAUUUAAUGUACAACGUGAAUGGAUGAGAUUAUGUACGACAGUAACCGAAAAAGAAGUAGAUCGCGCAAAAAACAUUCUUAAAACAAAUAUGCUUCUUCAAUUAGAUGGAACGACUGCAAUUUGCGAAGAUAUUGGACGUCAAAUGCUUUGUUAUAAUCGGCGCAUACCACUUCAUGAACUUGAAGCUAGAAUAGAUAGCGUAAAUGCUUCAAAUAUUCAUGAUAUUGGUAUGAAAUAUAUUUAUGAUCAGUGUCCGGUAAUUGCAGCAGUUGGACCAAUUGAAAAUUUACUUGAUUAUAAUCUCAUUCGUGCCGGCAUGUACAGAUUACGAGUGUAAACAUAUUUUCUUCGAUAAAUUUAGAACAAGUUAUAAAUAACAUCGUUUUUAGCAAAAAAUUUUAAUUAAAAUGAGACUAUAAAAAUAUAAUUAUAAAUUAAUAAUUAUCUAUACAAAAAAUUUUUUAUUUGCUUUUCAUUGAUAUUUUAUAGUCUUAUUUUAAUUUUAACUAAUAAAUAGUACAUUUUCAAAUACAUUUUCAUGUAUUAUCUGGCUUAAAUGUACCAAUAAAUUUAUCUUCAAAGAAUUCA